AUGGCUAUUCAGACUCACUUCACUCUCAACACCGGUGCGAAGAUUCCGUCCGUGGGAUUUGGAACAUGGCAGGCAAAGCCCCUCGAGGUUGAAAAUGCCGUUGAGGUUGCUUUGAAGCAGGGAUACCGCCACAUCGACUGCGCUGCUAUCUACCGCAAUGAGACCGAAGUUGGCAAUGGUAUCAAGAAGGCAGGUAUUCCACGCGAAGAGCUCUUCAUCACUGGCAAACUAUGGAAUACCAACCAUGCCCCCGAUGAUGUGGUUCCAGCUCUUGAAAAGACUUUGAAAGACCUCGGUACCGACUAUCUUGACUUGUAUCUGAUGCACUGGCCCGUUGCCUUCAAAUCUGGUAACAAGUGGUUCCCUCUGAGUGAUGAGGGUGUAUUUCAACUUGCCGAUGUUGAUUACAUCACCACUUACAAAGAGAUGGAGAAGCUGCUAAGCUCUGGGAAGGUCAAGGCCAUCGGUGUCUCCAACUUCAAUGUCCGUCGCCUGGAAGAGCUGUUGAGCAAGGUCUCCGUCGUUCCCGCCGCAAACCAGAUUGAAGCCCACCCAUACCUUCAGCAGCCCGAACUACUCAAGUUCUGCCAAUCCAAGGGAAUCAUUGUCGAAGCAUAUUCCCCUUUGGGUAACAACCAGUCCGGUGAGCCUCGCACUGUUGAUGAUCCUCUGGUCGCCGAGGUUGCAAAUGAUACCAGCAUGGAUCCGGGCCCCUUGCUUGCCAGCUGGGGUGUGCAGCGCGGCACCGUCGUCUUAUCCAAGAGUGUCACUCCUUCCCGCAUUGCCUCCAACCUGCAGGUUAAGCCUCUGCCCGAUGCCGCAUUUGCCAAGCUGACAGGCCUUGAGCGCCACAAGCGUUUCAAUUUCCCCGCCAACUGGGGCUACGAUAUUUUCGAGGAGGUAGGCGAGAAGGCGGUUCGGGAAGCUGCUGUGGCUGCAGGCCCCGCCAACAAGGUCAAAUUCACUGUUUAA